AAAACGUACACAGGCAUGUUGAGAUUGCUUAAAUCUUACUUAAUUCAUUAAUAGAUUGAUCGUUGAUUAAUUGAUUAAUUAGUUUUCAAUAUGGUUGAGUGUCUUAGAUCAUGCGUACUGUUUGUUUUAGUUUCAAAUUGGAUCUUUGUGUCGGCAGAUUUCAAAGUGACAAUAGAGAAUGUUGAGUAUGACGGUUACGGACAGUUUCCGAAAGUGAUAGAGUUGUUGCUAAGUUACGAUAACAAGGACAUUUAUUUGAGACUAGACAAGGAUGACGAAACAACUGGUCUUCUAACACAAUCAGUGUUUGAUGCCUCAAGUUUCCUUCCGUCUGACGUGUUCACACAAAGGAAAAGUAAAGAGUUUGCAGCUUAUGAUUCCGGCGAUUCUAAUGUUUUGAUUGUUCAUCGUGAAACUGAAAAUGCACAACCAAAGUUUGUAAGUUAUGAUUUAUGUUUAUCGACAAAAUGA